CUGGCUCUGCUGGGGAGAUGGCGGAGUUGGAUAUUGGGCAGCACUGCCAAGUGGAGCAUUGCCGGCAGCGAGAUUUUCUUCCAUUUGUAUGUGAUGGUUGUUCAGGAAUAUUUUGCCUUGAACACAGAAGCAGAGGGUCUCAUGGUUGUCCUGAGGUGACUGUAACCAAUGAGCAACUGAAGACAGAUAAACAUAAAUCUUACCCAUGUUCAUUCAAAGACUGUGCUGAAAGAGAGCUUGUGGCAGUUAUAUGUCCUUAUUGUGAGAAAAAUUUUUGCCUGAGACACCGUCAUCAAUCAGACCAUGAGUGUGAAAAACUGGAAAUCCCAAAGCCUCGUAUGGCUGCCACUCAGAAACUUGUUAAAGACAUUAUUGAUUCCAAGACAGGAGAGAAAGCAAAUAAACGAUGGAGAGGUGCAAAAAAUAGUGAAACUGCUGCAAAGGUUGCAUUGAUGAAACUAAAGAUGCAUGCUGAUGGGGACAAGUCAUUGCCACAGACAGAAAGAAUUUACUUUCAGGUUUUCUUACCUAAGGGGAGCAAAGAAAAGAGCAAACCAAUGUUCUUUUGCCACCGAUGGAGAAUUGGAAAGGUCAUAGACUGUGCAGCUUCUCUAGCCAGUCUUAAAAAUGACAAUAACAAAUUAAUAGCUAAGAAAUUAAGGUUAUGUCAUAUUCCUUCAGGAGAAGCCUUACCAUUGGAUCAUACUUUGGAAACCUGGAUUGCUAAGGAAAAUUAUCCUUUAUAUAAUGGUGGAAGUAUUAUCUUGGAAUAUCUUAGUGAUGAAGAACAGUUUUUAAGAAAUAUUGAUUCUUACUUGGAAUAGUCAUUCAAGGAUUCAAGCCAGAAAUCACAAGGAAAAUGCUAUGUAUAUGUUUUAAUUAAUAUCUUUUACUACAAAUACAAUGUUUUUUUUUAAUUUUUAAAAGUUGCUUUUUAACUUAUUUCCAUUAUGUCAUAACUUACAUGAUCAGAUUUCUAUUGAUUGUGAGUUUUUGUGUUUUAAAGGUUAACUACAAACCGAUACUCAAUUUUUAGCAAAUUUUUGUAUUUAAUUAGCUUUUAUUAGGUUA